AUGGUGAUGCACAGGGAUCCGUCUCGGGCGUGGAUUUGCCGCGCUUUGGGUCGCCGAGGCUCACCUCGGUUCGUCCAGCAAACAUGGCUGGAACGGGUCUACUCACAAGGCACCAGCGUCAACGCGACAGUCGGGAACGCUUGCACAUCCCCCUCAACUCCUAGGUCACCUAUUCCCUUCGACACGGGGUCGCACGGCAAACAAAUGGGUGGGCGUUCAGAAUACACAGGCCAGUGA